CCGCUGGCGCAUGCGCGUUACGGACACCCGAGACUUUUCUCACAGUGCCCGCCUCACCUCUCGGGAGCUUUGUGGUGCUGGUACCGCGGCGUCACUUCCGGCACCCUCAGGGCUGCCCGGCCUGGCCCCGUGUGGGAUCCCCCGGUACCGGGCCGGGCCCGCGGCCCCGUUCCCCCGGCAUGGCCGUGUUCGACACCCCGCAGGCGGCGUUCGGGGCGCUGCGCCCCGUCUGCGUGCAGCUGACGCGGGCGCAGACGGUGGAGAACGUGCGGCUGCUGCAGGUGCAGCUGGGCGCGGUGAGCGGCGCGGCCCUGCAGGAGCUGCAGGAGUACGUGCUGUUCCCGCUGCGCUUCGCCCUGCGCCUGCCGGGGCCCAAGCAGGAGCGGCUGCUGCAGAGCCUGGUGCAGUGCAUCGCCUCCGUGCUUGCGGCGACGUGCGUGAAGAAGCAGGAGCUGCUGCAGGAGCUCUUCUCGGAGCUCUGUACCUGCCUCGCUCCCCCUCCCAGCUCGGGCAAAGCCGCCCCGCUGUCCGAGGAGCUGAAGCUGGCUGUGAUCCAGGCACUCCACACCCUGAUGCACUCGGCUUAUGGGGAUGUUAUCCUGUCUCUGUACCAACCUUCCACCCUUCCACUCUUAGGAUUUGCUGUGUCUUUGCUUCUGACGCUUGCAGAGCAAGAGAAAGCAAAGCAAAUCAAGGUCUCUGCUUUGGAGUGCUUGCAGGUCCUGGUUCUGCAGUGUGACUGCCAGGAGCACCGACACCUGGAUGAAGACGAGGCACAGCAAUGUGGGGAUUUGUUUGCUUCUUUUCUGCCCGGGAUCUCUAUUACACUGUCUCGAGUUAUUGCUGGAGACAUCAAACAAGGUCACAAAACCACCGUUUCUGCCAUCAGACUCUUUUAUCUGAUUGUUGGCUUGGUCAUGGCUGAUGAACAGCUAGCCAGAAUCCCGAAGAGUAAGGAAAAGCUGCUGGUGGAACACAGCAGGAUAUCAGAGCUAAUGAUCCACAGAGGACCUGACUGGACUAAAAGUACUGCUGAAAAACUCUCUCUUCUGUUGCAUAAAGUGGUUGAGUCCUCUUCAGUUCACCCCCACUGGAAGGUGAGACUGGAGCUGGUGGAGCUGGUGCACCACUUACUGAGGAGCUGCAGUCAGUCACUGGUGGGCUCGUUCAGUCACCUCUUAAAGGCCUUGGUUGGGCUGGUUAAUGAUGAAAACAGCCAAGUCCAGAGCAGGUGUAACAAAGUUCUGCAAGGGAUCGCAGAGCAGAGGAUCGUGGCCCAGAACAGGGCUCUUGCUGAUGUCCUCUCUGAGAACCUCCAUUCCCUCGCCACAGCUCUUCCCCGCCUGAUGAACUCUCAGGAUGACGUGGGCAAGGUUUCCACGCUGAGCUUAUUGCUUGGCUACCUGAAGCUGCUGGGGCCCAAGGUUAACAUUGUCCUCCACUCCGUGUCCCACCUGCAGCGCGUGUCCAAGGCGCUGGUGCAGGUUCUGGAGCUGGAUGUGACAGAUGUGAGGAUUGUGGAGGCUCGGCGCUCCGGGCCACCCGGCCCCCUGCAGCAGGGUGUGCACAAGGGCAGGUGCCAGAAGAAAUAUUUCCGCUUCUUCACGGAGGAGAAGGUUUUCCAGCUCCUUCAGCAAGUGUGCCGUGUUCUGGGCUACUACGGGAACCUCUACUUGCUUGUGGAUCACUUCAUGGGGCUGUACAAUGAGUCUGGCCUGUACCGAAAGCAGGCAGCCAUGAUCCUCAACGAGCUGGUCACGGGGGCUGCCGGGGUGGGAGUGGAUUUCCUGCAGGAGAGGGAAGUUCCACUGAGCGUGGAUGAUCUCAAAGGGUCCAUAACGUCCAUUCUGGAUGAGUACAUGGACCAGGCCAACUGGUACUUGGUCACUAGCAUUGACACGGAGGACAGCAGCCCUGGGCAGUCAGCGCAGCACCUGGGACUCGCUGUCCGUGCAGGAGGGGCACCCAGCAGCGUCCUCCCCCUGUCCCCAGAGCCCCCAGUCACUGCCCGCACCAUGAACAGCAACAUCUGGCAGAUCUGCAUCCAGCUGGAGGGCGUUGGCUGCUUUGCCGCUGUCCUGGGGAAGGAGUUCCGGCUGCUGCUGCUGUCAGCUCUCUACCCUGUGCUGGAGAAGGCUGGGGACAGGACUCUGCUCAUCAGUGAGACAGCACUGGGGACACUGGCAGACAUUUGUGAGGCCUGUGGUUACGACUCGGUGCGGAGUUUGAUUAAUGAGAACUCUGACUAUCUGGUGAACGGGAUUUCCCUGAAUCUGCGCCAGCUGGCCUGCCAGCCACGAGCGUCCCAGGUCCUGGACACCAUGCUGAGGCAUUCAGAUGCCAGCUUGCUGCCCCUGGUGGAAGAUGUAAUCCAAGAUGUCCUGUCUGCACUAGAUCAGUCUUACAAUAGCCAGGCUCCCGCCUUCCUCAGGGUCCUCCACUCAGUCAUGACUGCUCUAGUGCAGUGGUUUGGAGUGCCCAGCGCUGAGGAGCACCAGCAAAGGCAGACUGACAGGGGCCAGAGCAGGGCUCUGUCCCAGGGACAGCAGAAGGUGACAAUGACAAGUCAAGAAGUGGAACAGUUCUUCCUUGACUACAUCAGCCAGAAGCAGAUCGCAGAGGGUGAUCUUCCUGACCUGGAGGAGGAGGCAGGUGAGGUUCCCCUUGCUAAGCCAGAGCCCAGCUCUGACACAGAAGGAGAGGCUCCAAUGCCAAGCCAUGCUCAGCUGGCCAGGGAUGUGAUGGAGAGGUGCAUCCACUUGCUGUCUGACGGGAGCCUCCGAGUGCGGCUGAAGGUCCUGGACGUGCUGGAGCUCUGUGUAACCAUGCUGCAUCCUCAUGGAAACCAUCUGCUUCCCAUGGCUCACCGUGUCUGGCCAGCUCUCGUCACCCGGCUGAUUAGCGACGACCCUCUGGCAGUGCUCAGAGCCUUCAAGGUGCUGUGUACCCUGGGUCAAACAUGUGGGGACUUUCUGAGGCAGAGGUUCUCCAAAGAUGUCCUGCCCAAACUGACCAGUUCCCUCCUGAGCCAGGCCCCAGUGAGUGCCAGAGCUGGGCCUGUGUACAGCCACACACUGGCCUUCAAGCUGCAGCUGGCUGUGCUGCAGGGCCUGGGCUCUCUCUGUGAGAAGCUGGACAUGGGCGAGAGUGACCUGAAUAAAGUGGCAGAUGCCUGCCUGAUUUACCUCAGUGCCAAGCAACCUGUGAAACUGCAAGAAGCUGCCCAGAGUGUUUUCCUGCACCUGAUGCACGUGGACCCUGACAGCACCUGGCUGCUCCUGAGUGAGGUGUGCUGCCCCGAGGGCUUUGAGCCCCCCCACGGCAGCCUGCAGCCAGUGAGGCUCAGGGGGAUGGGGCAGCCACGGAACGAGCUCACUGACAACGUGCUGCUCCUGCUCCAGAGGCUGCAGCAGCAGGAGGGCACAGCUCCCAGCACCAGCACACAGGAGGCAUCUCCUUCCUGACAGACCCACAAGGCAGCUGGGAUGGGAAAGAGGAACCACCAGGACAGAGCUCACCUGGGAAAACACCAUCAGUGAGAACCCAAAUGGUUCAGGGGCAGAGGAAGGGCUGCCCAGUCUGGGGCACUGGCUGAGACACCAUCCCUGUGGCAGAGGGUUUAUUUUUUGAAGCAGUGUUUGAGGAUGAAGUGGGUACAUGACCCUAACUCCUGACUUGUGCCUGGCCAGCACCAUAUGCAGAGAAAAUGACACAUCUAUUCCAAAUUCUUCAGUAUGGAGAGUGAUUCAUCUUCCAGAAAUUACUUCCUAGCCCUUGAUCCUUGGGGAGAUUUAGCACUUUAGCAUCCCCCACACCUCUCUGAUCUCUUCACAGCUGUGAUGAUGCCUCCCAUUCUCAGCUGGACAGUGACUGACAACUCAAAGCAAAAGCUUUUUCUGGCCUUUACCCUUCCCAGGAAGAGAAUCUUGUUUGGGGUGCACUAUAAACCUGUUCUCUUUAAAAGCAAUUAAUCUCAGAAGUUAAAGUGCAUUUCCAAUAAAUUCCUCACCUAUGCUACUA